AUGGCGAAACGAUGCAGCACCCGGGCAGUGAUUCAAAUCUUUGUGACAGGUAUGUGCUUGGCAACUGCCAUUACUUCCUUCACAUUUGCCUUUGUGUUCGAGCAGUUCAUGGACCAGUUGACUGAAAACUAUCGGGGUGAACUGCGGUCUGAAAAUUUGCCUUGCAUAAGAAGUACGCUGGACGACUGCUCCAAUGCAAUAGAGGACAAAUGCCUUGAACCCAAAAAGGGAACUCUCGGCUCACGCUCACCCAUUGUGGGCCUGUAUUGUCAGGAUGGGUUGACGACAUGCGGUGAUCCCAACUGGUGCCGGGACUUCGCUGACAUCUCCCGAACUUGCCUGACGCCAGUGUGCAAGACAAAUACAAUGAUCACUCGAAUAACCGCCUGGUCGUACAUUCUUGCGGCUAUCGGGAUCUUCUUGGAUUUGGUUGAUAUCAUCACCAUUUUCACGCUGCCAGAUGCCGUUGUUUUCAAAGCAGGCACCAACGUCUUCUCAAGCCUAGUGAAGUGGCUGGCUUUUGGUCUCGUAGUCGGCGCUGGCACACAAGGUUUCAUGUCAGAGCUGGAGCAGGCCAGGUGUUUCAACGAUGUCGGCAUGCAGCUAGUGGCAGACGCUGGGGGCCUCUUCGUCUCCUAUGCCAUUGUGCAGGUGGUGUCGGCCACACUGUCCUUGGUCCUGGCACCUUUUUCAGCAUACUUUGGAGGAAAACUGCAAGGGGCGUGUAGCCCAGUGGAUGGAUUAAGGAUGUUUGAUGUUCCGACGUUGCUCGCUCCCACGACAGCCAAAGCGCCGAGGGCGAAGUGCCUUACGUCAAGUGAUCUGUAG